AUGAUGGAAAAUGUUAGGGUACAGCCGUCUCUGCUCGCCAUCACAAUCAUCAUGACAGCGGCAGCAGCAGCGUUCGGAACGGCGUCCGGCGCCAGCUACACCGUCGGCGAGCCGGGGGGUUCAUGGGACCUACGGACCAACCUGACCGCCUGGGCGUCCACCAUCACCUUCCACCCGGGCGACCAGCUGGUGUUCAAGUACGACGCGUCGGCGCACGACGUCGUGGAGGUGACGCAGGCCGGGUACCGCUCCUGCUCGGCAGCGAGCCCCGUCUCCGCCGCGCUCCGGACCGGCAGCGACGCCGUCCGGCUCGACGGCGGCGCCAGCAGGAGGAGGCGAUACUUCAUCUGCAGCACGCCGGGGCACUGCGCCGCCGGGAUGAAGCUGGAGGUCAGGGUCACGGACGACGACGCCGAGUGCACCAACAGGUUGCCGCCGCCGGGGCCAGCGCCGCCAGGUGCGCCGUCAGGCAUCACCAUCUGCUCGGGCGGACCGCCGGUAGUUAUCAUGACGCCUGGCGUUGUCUCCUACGGCGCAGCGCCGAGGUCAUCCUCGGCCGGUCUCGGCAGUGUACUUGCCACCGUGGUCAUGAUGGUGUCGCUGCUGCUUGGCCUCGCAAUUGUCUAG